GAUGAAGAUAAUGAUGAUGCUAUUAGUAAUAAAAAAAAUGGUAAUGAGAGAGGUUACUAUGAUGAAGAUAAUGAUGAUGCUAUUAGUAAUAAAAAAAAUGGUAAUGAGAGAGGUUACUAUGAUGAAGAUAAUGAUGAUGCUAUUAGUAAUAAAAAAAAUGGUAAUGAGAGAGGUUACUAUGAUGAAGAUAAUGAUGAUGCUAUUAGUAAUAAAAAAAAUGGUAAUGAGAGAGGUUACUAUGAUGAAGAUAAUGAUGAUGCUAUUAGUAACAAAAAAAAAAUGGUAAUGAGAGAGGUUACUAUGAUGAAGAUAAUGAUGAUGCUAUUAGUAAUAAAAAAAAAUGGUAAUGAGAGAAGUUACUAUGAUGAAGAUAAUGAUGAUGCUAUUAGUAAAAAAAAAAAAUGGUAAUGAGAGAAGUUACUAUGAUGAAGAUAAUGAUGAUGCUAUUAGUAAAAAAAAAAAAAAGAGGUUACUAUGAUGAAGAUAAUGAUGAGCUAGGUUAAAAUGAUGAAGAUAAUGAUGAAGAUAAUUGAUGCUAAUAAAAAAAAAUGGUAGUGAGAGAAGUUAAUAUGAUGAAGAUAAUGAUGAUGCUAUUAGUAAUAAAAAAAAUGGUAGUGAGAGAAGUUAGUAUGAUGAAGAUAAUGAUGAUGCUAUUAGUAAUAAAAAAAAUGGUAGUGAGAGAAGUUAAUAUGAUGAAGAUAAUGAUGAUGCUAUUAGUAAUAAAAAAAAUGGUAGUGAGAGAAGUUACUAUGAUGAAGAUAAUGAUGAUGCUAUUAGUAAUAAAAAAAAUGGUAGUGAGAGAAGUUAAUAUGAUGAAGAUAAUGAUGAUGCUAUUAGUAAUAAAAAAAAUGGUAGUGAGAGAAGUUAAUAUGAUGAAGAUAAUGAUGAUGCUAUUAGGAAUAAAAAAAUGGUAGUGAGAGAGGUUAAUAUGAUGAAGAUAAUGAUGAUGCUAUUAGUAAUAAAAAAAUGGUAAUGAGAGAAGUUACUAUGAUGAAGAUAAUGAUGAUGCUAUUAGUAAUAAAUAAAAUGGUAAUGAGAGAAGUUACUAUGAUGAAGAUAAUGAUGAUGCAAUUAGUAAUAACAUAAAUGGUAAUGAGAGAGGUUAAUAUGAUGAAGAUAAUGAUGAUGCUAUUAGUAAUAAAAAAAUGGUAAUGAGAGAGGUUACUAUGAUGAAGAUAAUGAUGAUGCUAUUAGUAAUAAAAAAAAUGGUAGUGAGAGAGGUUACUAUGAUGAAGAUAAUGAUGAUGCUAUUAGUAAUAAAAAAAAUGGUAGUGGGAGAAGUUACUAUGAUGAAAAUAAUGAUACUAUUAGUAAUAAAAAAAAUGGUAAUAAGAGAGGUUACUAUGAUGAAGAUAAUGAUGAUGCUAUUAGAAAUAAAAAAAAUGGUAAUGAGAGAAGUUACUAUGAUGAAAAUAAUGAUGAUGCUAUUAGUAAUAAAAAAAUGGUAAUGAGGGAAGUUAAUAUGAUGAAGAUAAUGAUGAUGCUAUUAGUAAUAAAAAAAAUGGUAGAGAGAAGUUACUAUGAUGAAAAUAAUGAUGAUGCUAUUAGUAAUAAAAAAAAUGGUAAUGAGAGAAGUUACUGUGAUGAAGAUAAUGAUGAUGCUAUUAGUAAUAAAAAAAUGGUAAUGAGAGAAGUUAAUAUGAUGAAGAUAAUGAUGAUGCUAUUAGUAAUAAAAAAAUGGUAAUGAGAGAAGUUACUAUGAUGAAGAUAAUGAUGAUGCUAUUAGUAAUAAAAAAAAAUGGUAGUAAGAGAAGUUACUAUGAUGAAGAUAAUGAUGAUGCUAUUACUAAUAAAAAAAGGUAAUGAGAGAAGUUACUAUGAUGAAAAUAAUGAUGAUGCUAUUAGUAAUAAAAAAUGGUAAUGAGAGAAGUUACUAUGAUGAAAAUAAUGAUGAUGCUAUUAGUAAUAAAAAAAUGGUAGUGAGAGAGGUUACUAUGAUGAAGAUAAUGAUGAUGCUAUUAGUAAUAAAAAAAAUGGUAAUGAGAGAAGUUACUAUGAUGAAAAUAAUGAUGAUGCUAUGAGUAAUAAAAAAAAUGGUAGUGAGAGAGGUUACUAUGAUGAAGAUAAUGAUGAUGCUAUUAGUAAUAAAAAAAAUGGUAGUGAGAGAGGUUACUAUGAUGAAAAUAAUGAUGAUGCUAUUAGUAAUAAAAAAAAUGGUAGUGAGAGAGGUUACUAUGAUGAAGAUAAUGAUGAUGCUAUUACUAAUAAAAAAAAUGGUAAUGAGAGAAGUUACUAUGAUGAAAAUAAUGAUGACGCUAUUAGU